ACCAGAAUAGCGCAGGGUCAAGGAGGUUUUAAGGGAGAUACGAGAUAAGGGAGAUACAGCGAAUACCAGACUGAGACCGCCAGGUUUUGGAAUAAUAAUAAAAAACGCUACCCUCCUUUUGCACUCUGUGAUGCUGUAUGAGUGUAUCUCAGAAUGGCUGACUAUGUGAAGCUGGAUGAGGAGAAGUUUAUCCCAAAGUGAGUCCUGCUGUGUUUCUGUCCUGCAUAUGACCUCAGAUUACGUAGGACCACAUGUCAGACAUCUUGUCUCUGCUCAGGACCUACAACUGUUACCAUGAGGGGAAGAGCUUCCAACUCAGACACAGAGAGGAGGAGGAAGCGCUGGUCGUCGAGGGGUUGUUGAAUAUCUACUGGGGUCUGCGGCGACCAAUCAGACUGCAGAUGCACGACGACAACGAGAGACUCCACUACGGAGGAGUCAACAGGAAUGAGAGAUCCCAGGUUCUUCCAAAGCAGACAGAAUCUAACAACAACAUACCCGACAGAGCUACUGACCCUGCCUUGACCUGUAGUCUAGAGGAGGACGAUGAGGAGGUCCCCCAGCUGCUGCGGACCAGGAGUGAUGCCUCCUUCAUGGGGGUCACCAGAAGGUCAAAGACACACGGACACUCUGACCUGCAGCACUUACGCUCACACAGAUUCUCCAUCAAUGGACACUUCUAUAACCACAAGACAUCAGUAUUUACUCCAGCGUUCGGGUCGGUCACUAACGUCCGAGUCAACAGCUCCAUGACAACACUACAGGUCCUCAACCUGCUGCUACAAAAGUUCAGAGUUGAGAAUAAAGCAGAUGAGUUUGUUCUCUACAUGGUCCACGAGUCUGGUGAGAGAACCCCAUUGAAGGACAGUGAGUAUCCUCUGGUGUACCGUGUGCUUCAUGGACCCUGUGAGAAGAUCUCCAAGAUCUUUAUUAUGGAGACAGAUCUAGGGGAGGAGGUCACACAUGACGUGGCGCAGUACAUUAAUUUUGAGAUGCCAGUCCUGGAUAGCUUUGUAGAGAAACUGAAAGAGGAAGAGGAGAGAGAGAUUUCUAAACUGACCAGAAAGUACAGCGCACUGAAGUCCAUGAUUCUACAGCAGCUGGAGGGCAUCACUGACACUACUGACCGAGUCUGAGUGUGUGUGUGAGCGUGCGUGUUCACAGGACCAUUACACUGUUACAGUGAGAGGAAGUCAAACGGAGUGUUUGAGCACUGAGACCUUUCUUCAUGUACUACUACAGUUGAACCAUAGCUUAUAUAGCUUUUUCUAGUAAUGAAAACUACAGACAUGUUGAAAGCUUUCUACAGUAGUGAAUGUAAUUUAAACAGCAAUAAGAAUGCAAUACUGCCAUAUCUUGCAUUAAUGUUUGUCACUUCGCAAAUGAACUGUAUUCAUAGAAUUUGUAACUUUUCUACUACUGUAUUGUCUAUGAUUGAGUACUUUCCAUUGAUCUUGUUGUUUACUAUCUUUGGUAAAAUACUGAUUCCUGUGUGUCUUAGAGGUCAAGGUCUUCUAAAACUGAGCAUUCCUCGAAAGGCAACAUUUCUGUCAAGGCCAGUUUCUAAUUUAGCCACUCUGUAACAGAUUAUAAGAGAGCUACAGGGCGUGCAGGCUUUUUUUCCAGCUCUGCAUGUCUAACACACAUCUCCAGCACCAGAGUUGGAAACCCUGACCUAAACUUGUGUUCACAUAACUGUGCUACAGGUUUCUGCAGGGUUAGCAGACUUGAUCAGCCCAUACUGUAUUUUACCACACAGAUAAAACACACACAAACACACCUCAUUGUUCUCCCACAGAAAGGGGUAGAGUUGUUUCCAGGGUGACUGAAGCUGAGUUAGUAUUGUACUGAGAGUGAGUGACCCUCUCCACCAGCCUGUGUGUGUGUGUGUGUGUGUGUGUGUGUGUGUGUGUGUGUGUGUGUGUGUGUGUGUGUGUGUGUGUGUGUGUGUGUGUGUGUGUGUGUGUGUGUGUGUGUGGAGAGAGAGAGUUGGUCAUGCCAGUCCUUUAUUCUGUUACAGUAGUUGAAUCAGAACACACCGUUUACAGGAUGUAUGUCUCUCUCAUCAAAGAGGUUAGAGGUUUUGUUCCAUUCUGUUCUAAUAAAUACUGUAACUCUAAUAGGACUUGGACUCCUGCCAACCACUGUGUGUGUGUGUGUGUGUGUGUGUGUGUGUGUGUGUGUGUGUGUGUGUGUGUGUGUGUGUGUGUGUGUGUGUGUGUGUGUGUGUGUGUGUGUGUGUGUGUGUGUGUGUGUGUGUGUGUGUGUGUGUUAGAGUUAAAGUAUUGGCUAGCCCAUCGGGGUUAUACAGCAGGGGAGUGGGGAUACUAGAUAUUACCACAAACACAAAGCAUUUCACUGUAUGUGAAAAAGACAGGAGAGUUUUAGUUUGCAAUUACAGUUUUAAAAAUAUGACAGUUUGGAUUCCCUUUUCAAUGGUUCAUCACACAAUGGAGACACGAAAAAAACAGAAAAUUAAAAAGUGUUGUCAUAUUUAGCAGCGGCAGCUCAAGGAAGCUGCAGGGUUUACUCUAGUGUAGAUGACCAGCACCCUUGUUCAACCAUCCUUAUCUUGCGAGAUCACAUUCUGUUUCAGAUUUCACACUGCCCCCCUGUUAUAGUGGAUCUGGUGAAAAAGCAUUUCACUGAAAAUUACAGUAAUGUAUUAUUAUGCUACAUAUUGUUAUUAUGCUAUUUUUCUGCAUUUAGUAUUAAACAGUAGUGUGGUCUGGUGCCAAAUUAACGUUGUAUUUGAAGAAUAUAAUAUAAUAUAGUGAAUAGAAGUAUCCACAUACAGUCACCAUAUUCAGUGUUUGGGGAAAGUAGAGUAGUCAGAAAUCAACAAGACACAUUUAAUUAUUGAUGACUGCGCGAUAGGCCUGAUAUAUCGGAAUUAUCGUCACACUUCUCCUGACCCCAUUGACAGUCUGAGAGAGAAAUAAAUCUGUCCACAAGGUUUUACUCGGCCCAAAAUCUGUCCUUCGCCCCUGUCCUAGCUACCAUCAAAGAUAUUUAUAACUAACCUUAACUGCUCCUUGUUCUAUCUGUGCUACUGUCGUUGCCACCGCCUCUUCUUCUUCUGUAGGAUUUAUCGGCGGUUAACUUCCAACGUUAUGGUGCAUUACUGCAACCUACUGUACUAGAGUGCCCCCGACUCCUAGCUUAAAAAUGGACCAACAGAAGUAUAAAGAGGUGUUCCUGCGGAUGCAGAAAUUCCCACAUGCAGGAAUUGUGCCUCUUAUCAUAGAGAUAGAUAGAUGCCUCAUCAUGGAUUUAACCAGUUUUAGCAUGGACAUUGCCAUUGAGGGCUUCCACCAUUUUAAAGUUGUCAACUGGGUGGGAUUCCUAUGAGUUGGGAGCAAUCAGCAAAUGAAGAAGACGAAAAAGUCUUACUUUAAAAUGGAGAUAGCCUCAAUGGCGCUUCCCAUUCUGUCACAGAUUCUAUAAUGGCUCUAUCUAUCUCUAUGACCUAGUCAACAAAUCCUAUAGGAUUAUAAUUUUUAAAAUCCUAUCAGAUUUUGGAACCUUUCCUAUAGGAUUUUAUCCUAUCCUAUAGGAUAGAACCUACCCUAUACAAUUGUAUCUAGAAUAGGACUGGUUCCAAAAUCUGAUAGGAUUUUCUUUUGGAUUCUAAUAAGAUGUUUUAAUUGGAAUCCCAUAGGAUUUUUUGACUAGGGUAAAAAAAAAAGUAUGGAGAUGUUUUGACAGGACAGAUGUAAGUACAGAUCAGGAGACUGAUAUAGAAAGGGGUACAGAAAGUGGUUAAGAGCACACACAGUCAGGAGUCCGGAGCUUAGACCACUACACCAGACUCCAGCCGAUGACAGGAUAUUUCUAUUUGAUUCUUGUAUAUAAAAUCCUAUAGGAUAGAAUCCUAUAAAAGUCCAAUAGGACUGGUUCCAAAGUCUGAUGUCAUUUUUCUAAUGGAUUCUAAUUGUUUGUUCUGUAGGAUGCUAUACGAUUUCAAUGUUUUUUUUUCUCCUAUAGGAUUUCUAUAAAUUGUAGAUGGGAAUUAUAUAGAUAUUUACAUUACAUUAUAAUUUAUCCUCAAAACGUAGCUAUGCACUAUAGUUAACUUGGCUGCUUAUGUUCAUGUAUUAUGUAUAUUUUUGCAAUACCAGGAUCAGGUGUGCCAAUAGGUCACUAGAUGAGCACUGGUAGUUACAUCCAAGAGGGAGAUAAGGAAGAUGGGGAGGGAGCACCUUCUAGGGAUGGAAGGAAGGGAGGGGGAAGAGCACUGGGGGGAGGGAAGGACAGAAAGGAGGGAGGCAGGUAGGGAGCGAGAGGGGGUGGUACAGGUUUUUAUUUUCCUCACCAUGUCCCAACAUAAAGAGGGUAAAGGGAACAUUACAUUUUUUGUAGGCAUAGCUGACUAUUAUAUAUUAAAUGAAAGAAAUACUAAUAUCUUUGUGUAACUGUAACUAAAAAUGUAUCUUCCUUCUAAUUCUAAUGUAUUUGCAUAUAAGCAAUGUAAAGUGGAAAACCUUGAAUUCAGCCUUGAAUCACUCCCAUAUUGUGGUAGUGAUUAAAACCUAAAUUAAUAUUUCCGAUCAACAAAAAUGUUGUAAUUAAUGUUUGUACUAAAACAAAUGAGAACAAACUAUAACUGAAUGGGUAUAUUUCUGAAAAAUAGGAUUCUGAUUGGGGUGACAAAAUCCUACAAGAAUAGGAUCCAGUAGGAUGACUUUUGAAUUCCAAUAGUAAAAAAGUAGUCAAAUAGGAUUCUGAUAGAGGUGACAAAAUGUUAUAGGAUUGAGAGAAUCCUAUAGGAUCCAUUAGGAUUACUAAAAGUGUGUCACAACGUUAUCAAAAUGUCAUGCCAGGGUAAGCCUACACGAAACACAGACCUUAUUUUAAGUGUUAAUAAAAUCCCCAAUGGUGGAAAAAC